CGACAUUCCAUCUAUAUAACUAUAACCCCUCAUUUAGUCUCAACAAACCCCCCAAAAACGUGUUGUGUAGACUUUAAUAAUCAAUCGGAGAUGGAAAAGAAGAACGAGGAACCGGUGAUGGGGAUCCCUUACAACUCCAACUAUCAACCUCCACAGCCGCAAUACUACGUUGGACAUAACCCCUAUCAGGCCGGCCAGAUCCCACCUAACGCCGUUUACGGCGACCCCAAAGGUAUUCCAAUUCAGCAGACUAUUUACAGAGAUACCCCUGCUCCAGUUAACUGCGCCUUUUGUGGCAGUUCCGGUCUCACCACCGUCAGAUCAAAGCCAAGUCUGGCUGCUGUUGUUGGUUGCAUGACACCAUUCUUUCUUGGAGUAUGCUUUCUUUGUCCUUCAAUGGAUUGCCUUUGGCACAAAUAUCACUAUUGCCCUCACUGUAACGAGAAGCUUGCUGAUUUUGAGAAAAAUGACGUGUGUUUGGUGAUGGAUCCACCAAGUUGGUGUCUACCGAGUUUCGCGUUGCCUGCAUAAUCAUGCAACAUGUAUGUAGAUGGGCUCUCCAUAUACUUAGAUAUUUGGAUGAGAGCACAUUCAUGUUGAACCUUUCAUUGUAUUAUAAGUUUUGAGUGAAGGUCAGGGUACUUUUACAGAAGGACAUGAUGUUGAUGAAUGUUGUAUAUUAUUAGAACUUGCAUAUUGUAUAGCUUUCUUGUGAUUAUAACUUGUAUUUUUUACACGAGUAAUACUUUGCCAUAUUUGAUUUUCA